AUGGAAAAGAAAAAGAAAGAUGAGAAACCAGAAGAGCAACUUACAGAACCUGAAUCAGCUAUCCCAGAAUCCUUACUCGAAUUUCAAAUUGAGACAAAAGAAGCAGCAAUUGACCGGAUUUUGUUUGGUCUGAAACAACUGGAAAAAAAGAACAAAGAAUAUCGUGAAAGAGACAACAUUCUGAAGGAAGAACAGCAGGCACACAUCAGGCGUAUAUUAAGACAAAUAGAAGAAGAGGAGAAACAGCAAGAUGAAAAGGAGGUUGUAACUAGGGACGAUGUGGAGGAGUCACUGAAAGCACUAUGGCAGUAUGUUAGGGACGAAGAACAACUGCUGAAAGAUCUGCUCUCCCAGAUUGAAGAAACUGAGCAAAAACUUUCAGUAAAGCAGAGUGAGAGGGAUUAUUGGUUGGAGUAUAUAAAUGUAGGAAGUAAAACACAGGCCGACAAGAUUAUGAAUCUGGAAAAAGACAUCAAGGAAGUGAAAGACGACCUUCACCGGGCUACAGAAUAUUAUAGGAAUGCUUUGAAAGCAGUCAAAGAAGAAAAUGACAGACUGGUUGAGUGGCACAUGAAGUUAAGUAAGGAACAGGCCCUUGAGAAUGCUGUAAGAUGCUUAGACAAAAACUGUCGCAGAGAAAUUGAAGAGAAUGAAUGGCUAAAAGAAGAGGUGAAGAUGUACCAAAAGGAAAUAAGUGAUUUGAAAGCUUCUAUUCAGCUCCUGGAAGAAGAAAAUAUCAGUUUAGUGACAAAGCUGAUUGAUGGCAGGCUUCAGAAUCUGAGAGUACCCAGGUGUUUUUUUCUUAGCCAGGCAGCCGGCUUGCAAGAUGAAUUUCCUAAGGAUGGAAGGAAAGAAGUAAAGUACAAAGAGUAUGCAGCAAAGACAGAUGGAGAUGAAAGCCUCAGAAGUGCCAGAGUCCCCUGUCAGAAAAAAAAAGCCUUUCCAAAGAGUCUGUCAGAGAAUGAGAAGCCUCAAGACAGGGAUGAGGAGCAGUGGGAAAAGUCAUUCACUCCAGCUGUUGAUAGCUUGUUGUCUGAAGAUGAGAAAGAUUUCCAGGAACACUUAGAACUGGGUCCUCUGGAGACAAGCCUAAUGUGUGUGGUUGGAAGAGCCAUGCCUAUUCAUAAAGAGCCAGAAGAAAUGCCAAGCAGGAGCCACAAAGAAGACGGCACUACUGGUAAAUCAGAAGGGCACAUCACAGCUCGGAUGAUCAAGGCCUUGUUAGCUAAAGAAAAGGUCGGUUAA